UUGUUUCACCACAAGCAGCUCUCUCUCUUCUGUUCCAUUAUCUUCUCUCCUGUUCUCUCGGAGAGAAUAAGAAAGUUUGAGCCGUUGGAUCGAUUAUAGCAUUGUGAUGAUGGAUUUGAAAUGCGCUGCCGUGGUGGCAUUUGUGUGCUUGAUCGUGGCGGGAGUUGGUGGCCAAGCGCCGCCGGCUCCUCCCACGUCAACUCCGGCGCCGCCUACUCCUACCACCCAGGCGCCGCCUACUCCGGCCACUCCUAACCCUCCGGCGCCGCCAACUCCAACCGCGACUCCGGCUCCUCCCACUCCGACCGCCACACCGGCGCCGCCAACACCCACUUCUUCUCCUCCACCCAACACCACGCCACCCACGCCGCCGGCUCAAGCGCCGCCGGCUUCCUCUCCGCCUCCCGUCGUGACAUCACCGCCGGCUUCACCGCCGCCAACUCCGCCGGCGUCUCCCCCACCCGUCACCACACCGCCGGCCAGCCCUCCGCCGUCAAGUCCUCCUCCGGCCCCCGCUAGCCCCCCGCCGACUCCCCCAUCUCCACCGCCGCCAACUCCUUCCCCGCCACCUCCGGCAGCUCCUACACCUUCCCCUCUCGCAUCUCCGGCUCCGGCUCCCGACCUUAAGAAGCCCAAGAAGAAGAGUCCGGCACCGUCGCCUUCCACAUUCAGUCCCCCAUUACCCCCGUCCGGAGCUCCGGCCCCGAGCCUGGGAUCUCUCUCUCCUGCUCCAUCCGCUACAGAUCAGAGUGGAGCAGAGCGCAUUAGGACAGUGAAGAAGAUGGCGGCGAGCAUGGUGGCGUUUGGCGCCAUUAAUUUGCUGCUACUUUAGAUAUAUAUUAUGUGCGGAUGGAGUUGCCAUCAGGGUGAUGAUGAUGGCCGGCCUAUCUUACAUCUAUUUGAUCUACCUGCAUUUAUUUACUUUGAUUCUUUGAGAUUAUUGGAGCUUUUUGUAUUGAGCUGUUUGCUUUUGAAUUCAUAAUUUCAUUCGGAUAAUAGACUCCAUCUAUUUUUAGUUAUUUUCCAUAUAUAUAAAUAUAUCCAUGCAUGCUUGCUUCA